AUGUACAGCGAUAAUGGCACGAACUUUCGGGGUGCGGAUCGCAAGCUACAAUGCAGCUUUCGCUUGCUUAUGAACGACCCUUCCCUCAAAGAAAUCCUCGCGAAUGACGGUGUGAAAUGGCAUUUUGUGUCCCCGGCGGCACCACAUUUUGGCGGGCUUUGGGAGGCUGGCGUUAAAAGUUUUAAGCACCACCUCAAGCGGAUAGAGGCGUGCCUCAACUCUCGACCGAUUUCGCCCCUCAGCGACGAUCCGUCCGACUUUACCGCGUUGACGCCUGGUCAUUUCCUCAUCGGUCGACCGCUCACCAGCCUACCGGAGGAAUCAUUGCUCGAAAUCAAUGCGAAUCGGUUGUCGCGAUGGCAACACGUGCAACUCAUGGUCGAACAGAUCUGGCGUUCUUGGUCGUUGGACUACUUACAUUCAUUGCAACAGCGCGUCAAAUGGACCGAAUCUCACGAUAAUCUCAAGGUUGACGA